AUGUCUACCAAGUCCAAAGACGAAGUCACCUCAAACCUCGCCAAGCUGUCCCUCAAAACUACCCAGCUUGAGACAACAACCACCCAGCCACGGACCAAGACUCAAAGCAAAAGCGGUCCCGUCGCCGAUAGCUGGGAAGACGAAGCCGACGAGGACGACGAGACGGGCCCCGACACAGCGGAGGCCACACCCGUGGCAGCCCUUGGCCAUGCGGGCACAUCCGCGCCACCACCAACACCCAUGUCCCCCCUCGGCAGCGCCAAUAAGCGGCCCUUCUCGCCAUCCGCCCUCCCGGGGCCCGGGUUCAGCAUCCCGCCCUUUGAAGGCACGGGCGACUACCCGGGGUCGUCACCAUUGUCAUCCUCCUCGGGUGGGCCCUCUAAGCGGCCCGAGAAGACGGACGCGGUGGCCCGCCGCAUGAUUGCCAGUGCGCUGGGCAUGAGGGCGCCUAAGCCGACUGAGGAGCAGCGGGCGUAUGACCGGGCGGUUCGUGAGAAGGAGAAGAAGCGGAGGGAGGAGGAGAAGGAGCAGGAGAGGUUGAAGGAGGAGGCGGCUGCCAAGGCCAGGCAGGCGAUUUGGGAUGACUGA